AUGGUUGGUAUGGGUCAAAAAGAUUCCUAUGUGGGUGAUGAAGCUCAGAGCAAAAGAGGUAUCCUUACUUUGAAAUACCCCAUUGAACAUGGCAUCAUCACCAACUGGGAUGAUAUGGAAAAGAUCUGGCACCACACUUUCUACAAUGAGCUCCGUGUGGCCCCUGAGGAACACCCUACUUUGCUCACAGAAGCCCCCUUGAACCCCAAAGCUAAUCGUGAAAAGAUGACCCAGAUAAUGUUUGAGACCUUCAAUGUACCUGCUAUGUAUGUGGCGAUCCAGGCUGUCCUGUCCCUGUAUGCCUCUGGUCGUACAACAGGUAUUGUUCUUGACUCUGGCGAUGGCGUCACCCACAAUGUACCUAUUUAUGAAGGUUAUGCUUUGCCCCAUGCUAUCAUGCGUCUGGAUCUGGCUGGCAGGGAUCUGACUGACUACCUCAUGAAGAUCCUCACGGAGCGUGGCUAUUCCUUUGUGACAACAGCUGAACGUGAGAUUGUUCGUGAUAUCAAAGAGAAAUUGUGCUAUGUUGCACUGGACUUUGAGAAUGAAAUGGCCACUGCUGCCUCGUCCUCCUCUCUGGAAAAGAGCUAUGAAUUGCCUGAUGGUCAGGUGAUCACAAUCGGUAACGAACGUUUCCGCUGCCCUGAAACCUUAUUCCAGCCAUCCUUUAUUGGUAUGGAAUCUGCUGGCAUUCAUGAAACUACCUACAACAGUAUCAUGAAGUGUGAUAUUGAUAUUCGUAAGGACCUGUAUGCUAACAACGUCCUCUCAGGUGGGACGACAAUGUACCCUGGCAUUGCUGAUCGCAUGCAGAAAGAAAUCACUGCACUUGCUCCUAGCACUAUGAAGAUCAAGAUCAUUGCCCCACCUGAGCGCAAGUACUCGGUCUGGAUUGGUGGCUCCAUUCUAGCAUCUCUGUCCACCUUCCAGCAAAUGUGGAUCAGUAAACAGGAGUAUGAUGAAGCUGGUCCAUCCAUUGUCCACCGCAAGUGCUUCUAA